AUGCUCCAGGUGGCAUUUAACCCGUGGACAGCAGUGCUGGCGCUGCCUGCCCUUCUCAUCGUAUUGUGGAUAUUUCAGUUGAUUUAUAUCCCGCUUCGAAUGCGCAAAAGUCCCGGUGUCAAGGCACCCAUCUUGUCUAGCAAUCCCUUUGGAGUAUUCUAUGUGUUUUUCCAAUCUGCGUAUAUGCAGGCAAACAAUCGGAUGCUGGAGCAUUUCGACAACAUGUUUAGCCAAGGUGACCCGGAAAACCCGAAUGUCGUUGAGCUACAUUUUAGCCGACGCCGCAUUAUUAUUACUCGGGACCCUGAACACAUCAAAACUGUUCUUACCAGCAAGUUUACACAGUUUGGAAAAGGAGAGAUAGUCCAUUCCGCCGCUAGCCCAUUCCUUGGGGACUCCAUCUUCACGACUGACGGGCAGCUUUGGCAAAAAAGCCGCGCUCUCAUCAGACCAAUGUUCACAAAGGAACGCGUCCGGGAUAUCGACAUAUUUUCUCAAUGGACCGACGUGUUGAUAUCUAAACUUCCACCUUCUGGCCAGACUGUGGACAUUUGCGACUUGUUCUAUCGAAUGACUCUUGAUGUGUCGACCGACUUCCUUCUAGGACAGACUGUAGGCGCGUUGGACAACCCUAACAGUGUAUUUAGCCAGGCGUUUACGGAUGUGCAACGCAUGCAAAUGAUCCGGGUUAUCUUACAUCCAUUUCGACACCUGCUACCACUUCGCAAAUACUACGAUGGUAUCAAAGUAAUUGAGCAGUUCAUCACCCCAUAUAUAGAGUCAACGCUGCGUCUGCCCAUUGAGGAGCUCGAGCAGCUUUCCAAGUCUGACAAGGAGUUCACAUUCCUGCACAACAUUGCCUUGUUUUCGCGAGAUCCUCAGGUCAUCCGGGAUCAAAUUUUUGCUGUAUUGAUCGCUGGUCGAGAUACAACCGCGGCAACGCUCUCCUGGGCUAUGUACGAGCUUGCAAAUUAUCCCGACGUCUGGCAAAAGCUUCGUCAACAAGUUCUGGAACAAGUCGGCCCAACUCGAACUCCGUCCUACGAAGAUCUCAAAAACAUGACGUACUUGACUCAUACGAUCAACGAGACCUUGAGGCUGUACCCAGCAGUUCCUUACAACAUUCGCGGCUGCAUUGAGGACUCGACCCUGCCCGCGCCAGCAGGCCAGCCAGAUAUUGCCACAUCGACUGGCGAUCUUAUCAUUUACAGCACCAUGGCCAUGCAACGCCGACCGGAUCUCUACCCGCCCGCUUCGGAGACUUUUGCUGACCCUGCAAUCUUCAGCCCCGAUCGCUGGGAACACUGGACACCCAAGCCCUGGCAAUAUGUGCCUUUUAAUGGUGGUCCCAGAAUUUGCAUUGGCCAAAAUUUUGCAGUCACUGAGAUGGCCUUCACAAUGGUACGACUGCUGCAAAAGUAUGAACGCGUGGAAUAUCGUGGUGAUUGGAAAGCUCAGUUUCACAAAGCUGAGCUGGUUGGCUGUCCAGGACAAGGAGUGCCGGUGGCAUUGUACGAAGCGAAGCAGUAA